UUGAAAUAGCUUCUGAUAAUGACAGAGCUGCAUCUGUAAAUAACGGAUAUUCUUAUAUGCUGCAGCUCAUAUACAUUCGCCGGAAAGAUUCAUUUCUGACACAUGAACAUAGAAAAUAUCAGAGAGUGGUAUCGGAGCCUCAUAUCUACGCAAAUUAUGCGUCAUGAUAACAGAACAGUUACUAUCUAUAGACAACGCAUGUAGGAGCAUGGGCUUAACUUUAUGCAGCUACAAUAAAAUGUACCCCCAACUUUACGCAAAGGUUGGGUGUCACAGAUGGCAGCAGUGCGUAAAGUCAAAUGAUUUUAUUCUCUGCAAUGUCUGAAGCGGGUAUUCGUUUGCCUUAUUGAACACAUUUGGCAUAUUGUGAUAUCGCGCACCUUUUCAAAAAAAAAAGAAAAGAAAAUGUGGGUGUCUCUACAGCACACCGCAGCAUUUUGCCGUCCCGACGCACUGUCAGCGCUAGAGCAUACGGACACUUGUAGAUUUGUUUCUAGAAACUUCAGUGCAAGAAAUCUGCCCAGAGAAAGCCCGUGUCGGAAGACCGUUAUACACGCAGAUCACCCACUGCAAACUGUGGCCCUCCUGAGAUAUGUUGAUUCUUUCGUGGCGAUUUAAGUGAAACGCGCGGGCAACGAGCGGCACCCUAGCGGAGGGUUCCGGAUUAAUUUAAUGACUUGUUAACGCGCGUCGAAAUCUCGGUAUGCGCGAGCGUUUCUGCAAUGCGCCCCGAUCCGAAUGCCGAUGGCGAGGAUCAAACCCGCCACCUCGUUGUCAGCAGCAGAACGUCAUCGGGCGAGGCGGAUCUGCUCUCAAACAGAACCACUUGAAGACGAGAAGCCACCUGAAGCAUCGCGCGCUCGGCGAGGGACUGGCGUCGCCACAACAACAAAGCCCCCGCGAUCGGGUGCGCGCAGCGGAAGAUGGGGACGCCCGCCGACAGCAUCCCGGAGCGGCCCUGCCGGGGAGAGCAAAGAGUCGGUCUCCGGCGGCGGGCCGUCCUGGAAAACUGGUUUCCUCGACAUGACGCAAGGAGACGCCUCUCCCAUUGGUGCUUACCCGAGUUCCUGACAUCACGCGGCGGAAGACGCCGCCGCGCCUCCGCGGGGUCCCCCGGCGGCAAAAGCAGUCUUGCCGCACGCACGCGGCGAGUGCAAUCGCGGUAUAACUCGGCGGCAUAUAACCAUCAUGGGCGCCCGGUCGUUCACCAUUCGCCGAGCGUCGCUCGCCAACAGCACUUGUCACGCCAAUGACAAUGGCCAGCGAACACGAGCGCGUGGCGAGGGGAGUCGCCUGGACGGCGCUGCUGGUAUUCUGCACGUGCUUCGCCGUGGGACUGUGCCGGCCGCCCAAGAAGUACGGCACUCGCGAACACCUGCGCGCCAGUCAGCACCUGCAGAUGGUGCAGCGAGAGGCACGGUGCAAGCUUCCACAGCGGAGGACCCUCUGCGUGCCAGACAUCUACCCGAAUGGGAGCAAAAGGUACGUGCCCCACUGCACCAUGGUGCACCGGUGCAGCCCGGACACGGGCUGCUGCGCCACCGAGGACGAGCACUGUCAGCCCAAGAGCAUUCAGGUGGUGGAGCGCGCUUUCCUGGUGCUCGAGCUGGACGCCAGCGGCGAGCAGCAAACCAAGGUGGAGACGCUAGCCUUCGACAACCACACCGAGUGCGAAUGCCGGUCCAAGUACGACCCCAUCCGAUGACGUAGCGCGCUGCCUAGAGAGACAGCGGAGGCUCGCCGGCGCGUCGCGGUGGGCGCCGGACUCGCCCGCAACCCUGCAAGGCCGCCGCGCACCCGCAUGGACAUGUGAUGGCUUCUCCGCACCACUCGGCACGUGGGUGCCGCCGCUCAACUACUCGUUAUUUAUUGCCUGUGCUUCGUCCGUCAUCGCUAUUUAUUACCACCAUUCGCACCUGUUAUACAGACGGAAGCCGACGUGUUCCUAGUCACAUCAUCCGUUAUUUAUUUGUAAAUAAAUAAAUAUCCGUAUUUUUUUU